AGCUGUUGGUGGCCAAUCAUGCGACCGCGUGUGAUCCCGGGUUUGGCGGUCGAUUUCGCGUGAAUCCCUCUUCGACAGCAAGCCAAAGGACACACUAUACAUGGAGGAGCGACGGGAGGACGAUGAGCGCGAAAGCGGCAGCGGAUCGCCUUCUCUGGAAAUUGCGAGGAGUGCUUACGGUGAUAUGUUGCACGACACGGAAAGGAACGCUCUGUACGAACUCGGAGUCAAAUGGGCGAUCGAGACGCUGCGCGCGCGCGGUGAGCAAGACAUCGUCGUACUGGAUAUUGGAACAGGGUCUGGGUUGCUCUCCAUGCUGGCGGCUCGACACGGUGCGGACACCAUCUACGCUUGCGACGCGUUCGAGCCUGUCAUCGAGGUCGCGCGAAAAGUGAUCAGCUCCAAUGGCUACGAAAAAAAAGUCAAAUUGAUCCCUAAGGCAUCGUUCGACGUCACUGUGGGACGCGGUUGCGACAUGGAAACAAGAGCCCAUAUUCUGGUGACUGAGUUGUUCGAUACAGAACUUGUCGGUGAAGGUGCUAUCCGAGCCUACCACGAUGCUCGCGAACGUCUCUUAUCCGAUGGAUGUUUGAUAGUUCCUCAAGAAGCGACAGUUUUCGUUCAGGUGGUCGACUCGGCGUUCCUCAGGCGGCACCACGCUCCGGACACUGACGGCUUGAGCGUGACCGAGGAGAUGAAAGAAUGUCUUGGAACUGCCAGUCUACACGAUAUUCAGUUAUCGCAAUUGGAGCCUGGUGUUGACCUGAAUUUCGUGACGGAUCCCGUCGAAGUAUUCCACUUCGAUUUCAAAGACGUGCUGCGAACGCGAUCCCAGGUCGACGUCGACUUACGUGAAGACUGGAGCAGGGAAAACGCUUGUGUUUUGAUGUGGUGGCAAUGUAGAAUGUCUCCUGAAGUGAUCCUCUCAUGCGCUCCGUUCUGGGCACAUCCUGACGGCAGAAACCAACCCUGGAGAGACCAUUGGAUGCAAGCUGUGUACUAUCCGCGGAAUACCCGGGGCCGCUAUCUGUCGUGCCGUCGAGACGAGUUCAGCUUUUGGUUCGAUAUCACGGACACGAAAGGGAGCCGCGUCGAAAUGCCCGUGUGCACGUGUGGAGUACAUUUUACAGUUCCGCGAUCGCGAAUCGCACAAGUUGGAGCGAAGUCAUACAUAGCGACGCUGAGACGGGCUUUGGAAGCUACAAGGGAGAACGAGAUUCUUUUCAUCGGACAGAGUCUCCUCACUUUGCCUCUGGUCUUGGCGAAGCAAGUCCCACACAAGAACUUCACUGUUUUGGACACGGGCUCGAGAUCUUCAAAAAUUCUAGAACAAUUAAUCGAUUUGAAUAAGCUCGGGAACUGCCGGGUUUUCACGGAUACGCACAACAUACAAUUAUUAUUCGCGGAACCAUACUUCAACGAGUGCCUCCUGCCCUGGGAUCCUUGGUUGAGACUGCAAGACUCACUCGGAGAAUCUAAGGAGCUCAGCGCUUUGAAACGCCUACCCGCGCAACAUCGAAUCAUGUACAUGAGUGUUGAGCUAGAACAUCUCUGGAAGAUCAGAGCACCCAUAAAAGCUACUGUGGGUUUGAAAAUGGAAGCGUACGACGACUUCAUACAGCUCGCGAUAUCGUCUUGCGACUCUGACGUGGAACCUCAACCCCUCUGGGAAUAUCCUUGCCGGGCCGAAUCAGACGCUCGAGUUGAUGUAAGCGCAUUCGAACUUUGUGUUCCACGACCUUGCGGCAGCAACGGAAUCGCCCUCUGGUCCGAAUACGACUUCGGCGGGAUCUCCGUUUCGACAGGUCCUGUAUGCGUCCCGCAUCUGGGUGAGAAAGUCGUCUGGAACCGAUACGUCAAGCAGGGCAUCAUCAUCGAUGUGGAUAAUAAGCCAAAAUUCUCGAUAACUUUCUAG